AUGGCAGCACAUACCCACCAAAGCAGCUUUUUGAAAGUAUUUCAAGAUGCUGAUGAACACAUACAAGACGAAAGUGUGGAAGAUCCCUUUCCCGCCUAUCUGGAUGGCAUUGAUACGACACUAGCACCUUUCUGCCCAACAUCUGCCAACCGUGUAUUAAAAGCACUGAGGAUGGCUCAAGUAGGGCCAAACGACAUUGUUGUGGAUUUGGGAUCUGGAGACGGAAGAUUUGUGACAGCAGCAGUAGCAGAAUUCAACGCAUCUCGUGCGGUUGGCAUUGAAUCUGACAGCGAUCUCGUAAAAACAUCCAAACGGCUCGCAAAUCAAGUGUUGGCCAACAACAACACAGCCACUCAAUUCAUACUAGGUGAUCUGUUAGAUCUACCAAAGCUGGUUCAUGACACAGACUGGACAGUAAUGAUCGUGUUUCUAUUGCCCGAUCAUACGGAUAAAUUUGCAGAUUUAUUACUGCACCACUACAGAAAGGGAGCCCGUAUUAUCAGUCUAGUUUUCAAUUUGAAUGAAAUACCAGAACUGAGUCUGAUAGCAUCCGAUGUGCCAGAAGGGAUUUUCGUUUAUGGUUCAGCCGCUGUAUAA